GCGAGAGCGGUAUCGAACGCCGAGGCCGUAGCCGGAGUUCUUCUCGCCGUCCGAUUCCCAAACCGGAGUAGCGGUGUCGUCGCCAUGGCGGGAAGAGGGAAGGCGAUCGGCUCCGCCGCAGCGAAGAAGUCCGUGUCGAGGAGCAGCAAGGCGGGGCUUCAGUUCCCUGUCGGUAGGAUCGCCCGCUUCCUCAAGGCCGGCAAGUACGCUGAGCGCGUCGGCGCUGGCGCCCCCGUCUACCUCGCAGCCGUCCUCGAGUACCUCGCCGCCGAGGUUUUGGAGCUCGCUGGGAACGCGGCGAGGGACAACAAGAAGACCAGGAUCGUCCCCAGGCACAUCCAGCUCGCGGUGAGGAACGACGAGGAGCUGUCCAAGCUACUGGGGGAGGUCACCAUUGCGAGCGGCGGUGUGAUGCCCAACAUCCACAACCUCCUCCUCCCCAAGAAGGCCGGCUCUGGCUCCUCCAAGGCUGCACCUGGAGACGAUGACAACUGACAGCUCAGACCUUCCCCCCUCCCCCUCUUUGGAGAUUAGCGUGCAUAGGUUGUGAACUCUUUUAGAUCCCAAUGUGUGAUUUUUUUGGCCUACCUUUAGAUUUGUCUCACUUAAAGUUGCUGAAAUCAAGUAAUGACAAAGUGGGAUUUGAAGUCAUUCUCUGUGUGUUCUGCCACUGUUUGCUGCAUCUCCUGUGUUCUUGGCUUUGCAAUGCAACCAAGCAAGUCAAUGUCAGAACUGGCUGUGAUGUGUUAGCCAAGCUGUAGUCUCUCAAGGACAGGAUUAUUUGAUGUAAAGAUUGAUUGUUUGGGGAAAUUGGAUACUGUUGUGACACCCUAAUUUUGGCA